UAUCUCCAGAUAUUUAUAAGUAUUAGACAGUCAGAUUGGGCCAAGUGGCUAAAGAUAGCCCAGUUCUCAUAUAAUAUUAAACAGUUGUCAGCUACAAGCAAGGCACCAUUUGAAAUAACAAGGUCAUAUGUACCCCGAAUGGGUGUAGAACCUGGAAAGAGCAAAAAUGAGGCUGCUGGAACAUCGGCCAAGGUCAUGAAGUCUAUUUUAUGUGAAUCACGCAACUAUUUAAAUAUGCUAAGCAGAUGGUUGAACAGGCAGAGUGUAGAUACUCUAAAGCUCCUGAAUACAAAGUCAGGGACUUAG